CAACAUCUCCUUGCGUCAAGGGCACAAUUUGGAUCAACCUUUUUUUUGUUCGCGGCAUAAUAUCACACAACAUCUGACACGACGAGACUUUAGCACAACUGUCUAAACCUUUGAGGGAGCGAACAGUCUCUUGCUGCCCUCCAUGUCUACAGCUGGUCAACAGUCAACCCACACCUUCCCCGGCGGGAAGUGAGGCAUAUCCGCGGAUGAAAAUAGCAGCACCGAAUAGAUGCCGCCGACUACCACCCACACCUUUUACCAACCCUUGCCACGCCUGCAUGUCAGCCACAAGUGUCGUGCACUAGUGAGAAGAGAGCGGCUCUUGGGUCUUGGUUUUCCUCCCGUUCUCUGUCUACUUAUCACGAGAGCUGUAUUGUUCAAUUCCAGGGAUUCUGGUUGCUCGUCUGUAGACAGCAGAAUUUGCUACCGUUAUAUUUUGGCUGCUUGGUAGUACCAGGUCCUACAAUUACUGCUGUAAGGUUGGUGCUGCAUGGUAUCUUUCUCUGGUAUGGUGUGUGGGUGAUUAUUACCUCUCACCCUCCUUGCAGAUCGAUCCAUGGAAACCUCUAUGCAACUAGCUGUUGUUUGCAGCCUUUCCCGUUCCUUUCAUUUUCAUGGGUGUAUGUACCAUUGUAUUGCCUGUUUCCACUCGUUUUCCCUCUUCAUCUGGCGGUUCGCAGUUCUGUGCUACGUACCGAUCUUGUUGCGAUCUCAUUGCCAUAUUUGACGGCGGAAUUUCAGUCCACCCCCGCGCUGUCAUGAUGCUCCCAUGGUUUUAACCUAGAUUCUCGCGCACAAUCUGAUCCGUUUCUCUCGAUUGGGCGCCUCGGCACUGCACUGUCACAAUCUUGCCAUGCGCCUCAUCGCCCAGGCGGUCGUACUGGCGCUGCUGGUGGUGCCGCUUCUCUGCAGCGUUAUCCAGGCGCAGGAUGGCUUCCAGGGCGUGGAUAUCAAUGAUGGCUUUGCGCCACAAUGGUAUCCUGCGGACGCGAUCUUUAAGCGGCAGAAUAAUACACCCAAUUGCGGUCGAACGUCACAUUCGUGCCUGGAUGUGAACGGUACAGUUUGUUGCGCAAACCACCAAUACUGUAUAGUAAACCGACUAGGAAACACAAGAUGUUGCCCCUUGGGAAACUCGUGUCAGCAGGAAACGAGUUGCACAUUCGACACCUAUGAGUGCAAUGCCACGACAACAAGAACGACAGGCACUGUCACUUCAACGUCUACAUACUCCGCGUGCUGCCCAAGGGGCUGUUCGACCAGCUCUUUCCGAUGCCCGCAGGACAUGGGCAACGGUUGCUGUGCGUAUGGCGAAGUUUGCGCAACAUCGGCCUGUCUAAAGUCCCCGACCUCCGUCCUCAGCGGCUUCAUCCCGCAGGCCACAACCGAAUGCUCCAGCAACCAAGUCACGUGCCCGAGUUCCUUGGGAGGCGGCUGCUGUGAGCGCGGUCGGACCUGUACCGUCGUCGAGAGCAAUGCCAUGUGCGGCGUCGCCCCGCCGAAUAUCACCCCGACAAGCGCGCCGAGCCCUUCCCCCGAGCCUGUCCAAGGUGGUGGCAUGAGCACGGGGGAAAAGGCAGGGAUAGCGGUUGGAGUCGUGAUUGGAGCCGCCAUCAUCAUCGGCGUCAUAACCUGGAUGUGCAUCCGCAAGCGUAGGCGCGGAACCACAGUCACCCAAACUAUGAGCCAGACCGCCACCAGUCGGCGCUCGGGCCGUAACUCUAUCCCGCUCAUCAUUGGCGGCGGCGGCCAUGGGCAGCACAGCAUGGCUGGCGCCGGGAGCGACCGCGGUGCCAUGUCCGUCCCGGCGUCUGAGGGUGGUGGUCGGGGCAUCGGGUCGACAGCUGACUACUUUGGCCCGGAUGCCGUUGUGGGACCCUACACGGAUACAGACGUCGGGAGCCUGCAGACACGGCGAACUACUCCGGGCCACGACAGAGGGGUUCCGCUCGACCCUAUGAGUCCCAGUCACAUCGUCGCGCCGGUAGAGCUCGAUCCAGACAGCAGCCGAAGCAAAAGCGUGAGUGCUGGCAACCUGUCUCCUGGAUCGCGACAGUCCUACCUGGACGCGCGGAGCCAGCUGCACCUCACGACGCCGCCGAUAGCCGAGUCUACCGAGGGCAGGUAUGAGUUGUACGGCUCUACGCAUGGGCCUGCGCAGCUUGGACCUGAUGGACCUCCGCAAGAGACGCCAUAUGAAUCCUACCUGACGCCACUGGAAACCCCGGGCAACUACGCGGGGCAGGGCCCGCUUGGACAUCAACAAAGAGGCCAGAGACAAGAAAAGGGCAAAGACCAAUUUCAAGGAGAUGUGAUGUGAUAUUGGGGGUAUCUAUCAUCCCCUGGCUAGUGGUAAACGUAGUCUUUCUAUCUAAUUAACGCGGAUUUAAUUUCAGUGCCCCGCCUAUCCAGCUCUAUAAAAACAACCCAAUGUUGGACA